CCUUCGUAGCAGCAGCUCUCCACGUCCUCCGGUGUGUUCAAACUUUACUCCCAGAAGUUGCCACGCAUACACAGACAGCGGCAUGAUGUGGAGGUCGGUGAGCUGCACACUGUGCCUCUUCGUUUUUUCACAGCUCAGUUUAUGGUGUGUUUUGGCGACAUCAGCUGAGCUGGAUGGCGAGGUCCAGAUUGAAAUCCUGUUCAAGCCCGAGGAGUGCACUCAAAAGAGUAAAAGAGGAGAUCUGAUGAACGUCCACUACGAUGGGUUCCUCGCCCAAGAUGGCUCUCAGUUCUACUGCAGUCGAUCAGACAAAGCUGGGCACCCUCAGUGGUUCGUGCUGGGCGUCGGACAAGUCAUUAAGGGCCUUGAUAAAGGGAUGGAAGACAUGUGUCCUGGAGAGAAACGAAAAAUAACUAUUCCGUCGGUCCUGGCCUUUGGAGCAACAGGCAAAGAUCCUGUGCCGCCCAAUGCUACGGUGGUCUUUGAGGUGGAGGUCUACUCUGUUUCCAGGGGACCACGCAGCAUGGAGGCUUUCGGACAGAUGGACCUUGAUAGAGACAGAAGUCUCACAAAGGCUGAGGUAAAAGCAUACUUGAAAGUGGAGUAUGAAAAAUCUGGGAAGCCACGUGAUGACCCAUUCUAUGAGAAGAUCAUGGCUGAUAUAUUCCGCAAGAGUGACCAGGACAGCGACGGACUGAUCAGUGCCAAGGAGUAUAAUAUAUAUGAACACGAUGAGCUCUAGUGUUGGAAGUCGUGGAUCUUGGGAAUUAUUUUGAGAUAAUGUACUUUGAUCAAUUAGAGAGAAAACAAGAAUAGGUAAAGGAAUAAAUCCACCCUCAGAUGUUUUUCACAAUGCAGAUGUUCUUUUUUUUUUUUUUUUUCUGUGAAAAUAUUAUAGCAGUAAAAAUGACAAUGAGACACCACUUUAUCCAUGUUUGACCAGUUGUCCACUAGAAUAAUCUGAAAACAUGAAACACCUAAAUGAGAUCUAAAAUGCUGAGGAAUCAGCCCUUGCUGUUCCCAGGUGGAUUUUUCUUUUUUAAAAAGCAGACUGGCAGUAGCUGCAUUUAGGUGUUUGGAGCCACUGAGACAUCUUUCCAAGCCAGCAAACUAGCCACUAACUUGUAAUACCAAGUAUUAAACUAUGCAAGAAUAUCUCCAACACGUGUACAUUUUUAUGCCAAUGCCACUAAAUUUCGCAUUUGAAAUAUAUAUUUUUUAAAGUCUUGUGUCCCGAUGAACAUUGCAGCACAAAGAAGAAACCAGAAUGUUGCACAAUGGUGUGAAAUGGUUGGCAUUGAAACUGUAACGUGACUAUCAUAUGAGAUUUGAAAGGAGCUGAAAUCGUCCCAUCCUUCCUGUGAGUUUGCUCUGCUAUAUCACACCAGUGCACGGAUCCAUAGAGUUGGGUUUGUUGAACGGAUGUCUGUUCUUCUCUUACCCAGAUAGGAUGUCCAACACAAACAAGCCAGUAUUUGUGGGCUGUGUUUGACCAGUUUGAUGAUUAAAUGUUGUGGUUUGUCAGACAUGUUACAUCUUAAUGUGGUCGAAAUAGUGACUACCAUUGUAUCCAGUUGAACAAUAGUUGUUUUUAGCAACACAAGAAAUAAACCAUAGUGUAUGCAGAAAAAAUAUAGUAUGCUACAAGUGAUUGAUAUUUAUCUCAGUGGUUGAAACCAUUCAUGGGCUUUUUACUAAGAUUAGAAAAGACAAAUCUGUGUUAGUGUGAUGUUUUUCUGACCUGAAAUUAAUUACUUUCUCUGUAUAUGUAUGAUGUAUAUGUUCCUUAAGAAAAUCAUUUUGAUUUGUCAUCAGGUCAAUUAUUGUAGCGAUUCCUCUCCAGUGUGCUGAGGUGCAUUUACAUAAACUAACCACUAGAGGGUCUAGUUGGCUUAGCCAAUAACAACCAAGUAUAUGCCUCAAUGGGAAUUAAAUGGUAUCUGCUGUAGAGUACAGUGGUUUGACAGAAUUGAAUGGGGUUUACUCAAGGUCAUUAACAGCUGUUUAUCCUAAGAUCCAUUUUGUUGUUAAAAUGUUCUAAGUGAGGGCAGAUUGGAUUUACAUACAAAAGACAGUGAAUACUUGUUUCUUUCUUGAAA